AUGGGGCGUUUCUUCUCAUACGUUCACAUUCGUGCACUCGUGCACGCAUGUGCUUCUACGCAUGUGCUUCUACUCAUGUGCUUCUACUCAUGUGCUUCUACUCAUGUGCUUCUACGCAUGUGCUUCUACUCAUGUGCUUCUACGCAUGUGCUUCUACUCAUGUGCUUCUACGCAUGUGCUUCUACGCAUGUGCUUCUACUCAUGUGCUUCUACGCAUGUGCUUCUACUCAUGUGCUUCUACUCAUGUGCUUCUACGCAUGUGCUUCUAUGCAUGUGCUUCUACUCAUGUGCUUCUACUCAUGUGCUUCUACGCAUGUGCUUCUACUCAUGUGCUUCUACUCAUGUGCUUCUACGCAUGUGCUUCUACUCAUGUGCUUCUACUCAUGUGCUUCUACGCAUGUGCUUCUACUCAUGUGCUUCUACUCAUGUGCUUCUACUCAUGUGCUUCUACGCAUGUGCUUCUACGCAUGUGCUUCUACUCAUGUGCUUCUACUCAUGUGCUUCUACGCAUGUGCUUCUACUCAUGUGCUUCUACUCAUGUGCUUCUACGCAUGUGCUUCUACUCAUGUGCUUCUACUCAUGUGCUUCUACUCAUGUGCUUCUACGCAUGUGCUUCUACGCAUGUGCUUCUACUCAUGUGCUUCUACUCAUGUGCUUCUACGCAUGUGCUUCUACUCAUGUGCUUCUACGCAUGUGCUUCUACUCAUGUGCUUCUACGCAUGUGCUUCUACGCAUGUGCUUCUACUCAUGUGCUUCUACGCAUGUGCUUCUACUCAUGUGCUUCUACUCAUGUGCUUCUACGCAUGUGCUUCUACUCAUGUGCUUCUACUCAUGUGCUUCUACUCAUGUGCUUCUACGCAUGUGCUUCUACGCAUGUGCUUCUACUCAUGUGCUUCUACUCAUGUGCUUCUAUGCAUGUGCUUCUACUCAUGUGCUUCUACUCAUGUGCUUCUACGCAUGUGCUUCUACUCAUGUGCUUCUACUCAUGUGCUUCUACGCAUGUGCUUCUACUCAUGUGCUUCUACUCAUGUGCUUCUACGCAUGUGCUUCUACGCAUGUGCUUCUACUCAUGUGCUUCUACUCAUGUGCUUCUACUCAUGUGCUUCUACGCAUGUGCUUCUACUCAUGUGCUUCUACUCAUGUGCUUCUACUCAUGUGCUUCUACUCAUGUACAUGUUUGACCCUGUGCCCAUGCGGCAUGUGCUCACAUAUUUAGAAGGGCACGAUCAGGAGCAACCCCAGCAGCAAAUGCCUCCCCGCCCGCACUGGCAGCACCAACCAGUCCCCCCACACCGCCCCACUCCCCCCCUUCCCCCAGACGCCCCUAUGUACCCCCUAGACGCGCCCCCGCUCCCCCCCCAUCCCCCCCCCGCGGCUGCCCCUGCAGCAGUGCCUGGGGGUGGGGGGGGCUACAUGGAAGGCCCGUCAGGGGGACCCUUGAGGGGAAUGGGGCGGGGGGCGAGAGGGGGGGAGAUGAGGGGAGGGGAGAUGAGGGGAGGGGAGAUGAGGGGAGGGGAGAUGGGGGGGAUGGGGGGUGGGGGGAUGAGAGGGAUGGGGGGCGGGCCUGGGUAUGGGCCAGGGGGAGGGGGAGGGGGAGGAGGUGGGGGAGGGUAUGGAAGGGGAGGGAUGCCAGAACCGCCACUGCCAUCACCAGCUGCUGCUCCUGCUGCACCUGAGCCGGUAUUGGACGUGGAGCAACAGAAGGCCCUCCUGGCUCAGGUGAUGAGCCUAACACCUGAGCAGGUGAACGCGCUCCCACCUGACCAACGCGCCCAGGUGCUGCAGCUGCAGCAGGCGCUGGGCAGGUGA